AUGGACGAUCAGCGUGGAUGUGAUGAAGCCUCACGGUCGCACGGUGAUGCUGCAGAAGUGGAGGACUGUGGGUUACGCAGCUGUCACCUCACCCCAACAGCCUUAGUGGGUGAAGGCGAAAGGAUCUGCUUUAGUCGUGGUGAUCGUAGCAGGCGGGGUUAUGCGAAUCGUUUGGGAGGAGAGAAUUGGACAAGUUGGCUCAGUGAUGCCUGUCAAGUGCAGUCGAGAAAGGGUAUGAAAGAUGGAGGAAGUGAUCUGAACGAUCGCGCGGUCACUGCUCACGUGGUCCGAGUCGGUCUCAUCUACGAGGCCGUAGGCAACAGUGUCAUUACCGGUGGUGACAGUGAUGACUGGAAAGUGGUGAACUUCUGCUACGGUGACAGUGUUGCGCCAAUUGACACCCAUCACAACAGCAAUGCCUGCGUUCUUGUGUCAGACAAUGAGGAGCACCAUUACUAUGACUAA